AGCAUGGACAAGCAACAUGUUAUUUGAGAAUAUACGUGAACCGAGGAGGGAAAUGGAAACCCAUUGGAGAGUUAAUUAAAUUGAGGUAACACAUGACGCUGGGAAUGUUUACGCUGUCUACGUUGUGUUAAACAUUGUCUUUGUUGUAGAAGAAUUUGCUGGGAUUUCAAUGCGACAUAGCAAUGUUGUGAAUCACCAGCCAUCGCGUGAAUCAAGACAAUGUUAAUGUAGCUAUUGCUUGUAUUGCUAUCUAUAUGAUAUCAUCGUUCACUGGGACAACGACAUUUAUGUCGCUGGGAAAGCUCGCCAACCCGCGUGAGUCACAAGAAAGAAUUAUAAGAUUCGUCUCGCACUUGGGACAUGGACACUACCAUUUUGUAAGCCACAUCUCGAGAUCCAUAACCCUGGGUAUCCGUCACCAUGAUGGCUCCUUCGCGAUUGCGCGCCCGCUUCUUGAGAGCUACGAAUCCUCAACGAUACAUCCGACCAGUGGGUAUGCGAAUCCCAACUAUAAGUACUUUUUUCAAUCGUGCGACAAUCGAAACCCACGGCUUGGAACCAGUCACAAAUCGAAAUGCAAUGAUUCUGGAUAAUAUCGUCCAAGCCAAGUGUCCCUCGUCCAACUUUCCUGGGAAGCAGCAAGACGUCAAUGCUGAGAUCAAAAAACUGCAAUACAUGUUCAACCGGGAGAUAGCUGCUAUCGCGAAGCAUACGGCCAGUGGAGUCUAUAUGCGAGCGGCUCACUACCGGGAGGACCUAGAUCCAGACUACUACAAAUGCGAGGAUCAGAGAUAUAAUAGCAUUCUGAAAGACCGAAAGGCCAUCGCCCAUACAAUGGACUUCCGUGCAUGCCUCCAGCUCGUCGACGAGCAGGAGAUUGACCCGGUGUACAUGGACAUUGUCUUCGGUAUCUCCCUAGAAGAGGCGACAAUGUUCAGCGUACUCGAAGAACUCAGCGGACAGGUCUACAAAGCACUCGACCCAACAUACGUCCUUCAAGCUCGGGCGAAAUUGAGUUACGGAACCAUACCUAAGUUCGGCAGACCAACAACCCCUUCAAUGUUUGCAGACUGGUUGAAGUUUAUUCGGGAUGUCUGCCAUUGUUUCCUUGACCUGGGCGACAUCAAAGAUGAGAAGUUGUUGCAGGCGAUGGUUUCGAAGGGUACCAGAUUGAGAGAAGACUUCCUUGAGGCUGCAGCUGAAGAGGAGAGAAGAUACGAGCGGGAGAAGAGAAUUGUGACAGGACGACUAGAGGAGCAAGUCGAGCGGGAUGUUGAGAGACUCAAGAAGUUGUGGUACUGGCCUGAGAUGAAGGAGAAGCUGUUUGGUCUGUGGGGCAUUGACGUUUAUAGUGACAGUGACGAUGAUACUGACACUGACGAUGACUCUGACGAUGACUCUGACGAUGACUCUGACGAUGACUCUGACGAUGAUUCCGAUGAUGAUUCUGACGAUGAUACUGACUCUGACGAGGACUCUGACGAUGACACUGACUCUGAUGAUGACGAUUGA